AUGGGUUUGACUUGGGUUAUUACUGGUACUUCGCGUGGUAUUGGCGCUGAAUUUGUCAAGCAACUUAAGAAUAAGGGUGAUACUAUCAUCGCAUGUGCAAGAAACCCUGAUGGUUCGGACGCCCUCAAGGCCUUGGUUGAUGGAAAACAAGUCCACGCUGUCAAGAUGGAUAUCACUGAUGUCGCUUCUGUCAAGGCUGCCACUGACAAGAUUUCUGAAUUGGCACCCGAAGGCAUUGAUGUCCUCCUUAACAACAGCGGUGUCGCUACUACUCAAACCGAACCUCUCACCAUUCAACCUGAAGCCUAUACCAGUGAUUUCAACACCAAUGUUGUAGGCACAUCCAUCGUCAUCCAGGCUUUGGUACCAUUGCUUCGUAAGCGUGAUACUCGUCGCAUUAUCAACAUUUCCUCCAUCAUGGGCUCUAUGGAAUGCUCCACCGAGAGCUUCAACCCUUCUUACCGCGUCUCCAAGGCUGCUGUUAACAUGUUGACACGUGUUUUCGCUGCUCAACUUAAGGAUGAGGGAUUCGUUAUUGUGUGUGUUCACCCAGGAUGGGUUCAAACUGAUAUGGGCACUGAUCAUGCUCCUCUCACCACCGAUCAAUCCGUCGGCGGUAUGCUGAGCGCUUUUGACAAGCUCACCAAGGCAUCCAAUGGCACAUUCUUUGAUUACAAAGGAGAAACUCUUCCCUGGUAA